CUUAGAUUAUGCUAUAAUAUUAUAUUAAAUUACAUUUAUGGACAAGAGAUUGUAGAUUUUACACAUUCAGCGGGCACGAUAAGAUUAUUUUGGGCGCAUAGCUGUGUGAGACGGCGGCACACUUUUUCAGCGAGAUUAUAGCGAUCGGACGUGUUGUGCACUUCGCGCACAAAUCAGCAAUAAUUCGAAUUAAAAAUGGAUUGUAGUGCCAAACCGAAGCGUAAAAAUCCAUGUGCACAAGCCAGUAUUCUAUCCCGUCUAUCAUUCGCUUGGGCUGUGCCAUUGUUAUUACGGGGAUGCCGGCAGGGUCUCAAUGCGGACGAUCUGACCGAGUGCCUGAAGGAAGAUCACUCCGAGCAGCUGGGUAAUCGACUGGAACAUGAAUGGCUUAAGGAACUAGCGACUGCCCAACGAAAGUCAAGAAACCCUGAACUUCGCAAUGCUUUGCUGCGAUGCUUCUGGACCCCAUUUAUAGUCAAUGGCAUUCUGUGCGUCAUAUUCAUCGCACUCAAAAUGCUGAUCGCUGCAAUUCUAGCGCAGCUCCUGCUGCAGUUGCAACAAAAAGUGGCAGAAACUGUCAUAUAUAAAAUAAAUGAACUGCCCCAAUUGCUCAAUAAUAAUUCAUUGGGUACGUUUAAUAUAUCCUCGCCGGACAAUGCCGUCGCCACCAACAGCUCCAACCAGGCUCGGUCAUUAGGCACGUCAGAUGGCAGUUGGUACAAUGUUUACAGUCUUGGCGUGUGGCUGGUGGCUAUCAAUUUCAUCUCCUGCAUUCUGUGGCAUCAUCUGUAUUUGCGCCAACGUUUGAUGGGUGCUCGCAUGAGAAUUGGCUGCUGUUCGCUGGUCUAUCGCAAGACCCUUCGACUCUCCAUGCGCACAGUGGGCGGUACGCCAGCUGGUCAUCUAAUCAAUCUCAUUUCGAACGAUGUUAGUCGACUGGACUAUGCCUUAGUGUUUGCGCAUUACAUCUGGAUCUUGCCUAUCCACUCACUGGUCACCUGCUACAUUGUUUGGCUGCAAGUUGGGUUUCCAGCACUGAUCGGAGUUAUGGGUCUGCUGCUGAAGACGGUGCCAGUGCAGGUGGCCCUGAGCAAGUUGACCGCCGCUCUAAGGAAGCGCAUUGCACGGCGGACAGAUGUGCGGGUGGGCAUAAUGAACGAACUUAUGCAGGGCAUUCAAGUGAUCAAAAUGUAUGCCUGGGAGAACUCCUUUGAGAAAGUGGUUUCAAAUGCCAGGCGCAGUGAGGUGCAGCAGCUACGAUAUGCCAACUAUCUAUAUGGAUUUCAGCGCACGACCAGAUUUUUCAUACAGCGUACAACUUUAUUUCUGACCCUGGCUGCAGCCGUCUUCAUGGGUCAGAGCAUUACGGCGGAUUUUGUGUUCUCCGUGGUCAUAUACUACAACACACUCCAACUAGUUGCCGCCGUUUACUUUCCCCUCGCCAUUAACUUGCGUGCCGAGGCCGUGGUCUCUAUUGCACGUGUCCAGACAUUUCUGCUGCAGGAGGAACGGGAGAAAUACCUGGAAAGUCCACGAAAAGCUGACACAGGAAUGGAUUCUCUUGCUCUAAAUAACAUUAAUGCAAGCUGGGAUAAGGAAAAGCCACAGAACACACUUCGGAAUGUUAAUUUACUCAUCAAAAAGGGGCAGCUCUGUGCCAUAAUAGGUUCCGUUGGAUCAGGGAAGAGCUCUCUACUCCAGUUGCUGCUAAGAGAAUUGCCCAUUAUUGAUGGCAGUCUCAUUGUAAAUGAGGAGGUCUCGUAUGCAUCUCAGGAGCCUUGGCUGUUCAGUGAAACGGUGCGAAACAAUAUUCUUUUUGGAGAAAAAUACGAUCGAAAGCGAUACGUGGAUGUCACCAAGGCCUGUGCUCUGAUCACUGAUUUCCAGCAACUACGUGAUGGAGACGAGACCAUCUUGGCAGAUCGUGGAGCUUCGCUGUCGGGAGGCCAGCGAGCUCGCAUUAGUCUGGCUCGUGCCAUCUACAAACAUGCAUCCAUUUACCUUCUGGAUGAUCCGUUGAGCGCGGUCGAUGCGCAUGUUGGACGACAUCUGUUCGACGAGGUGAUCGGCCCCCGUGGCAGACUUGCUCAGCAGAAGGCGACUCGGGUUCUGGUCACUCAUCAGGUGCACUUUCUCUCAGACGCCGAUUGGAUUGUCGUAGUGGAGAAAGGCGAAAUCGUUGCCCAGGGCACGUAUCAGGACAUCAUCAAUAGCGAUGUGGACUUAGCAAGAUUGCUAGAAACUCCUGUUAAAAUUGAAGAUAUAAAUGCUGAAAAGGAGGCGUGCCCUCUGCCACGCAAUGAACCUGAAGAACAGGAUGAAGACGAGGACAUUGAUGCUCUUUCCGAUGGUUCCAUGCCGUUAAAAACACGCACGAGAAGGGAUAGCAUUCAGAGUAACCAUUUGGCAGAAAGUGGUAAGCAGGCGAAGCUCCCUGAAAAGGAUAAUAGCCUAGCUGAGACUCAGGCAACAGGAGGGGUAUCGGCACGUGUCUUCCUCGAAUAUUUCAAGGCGGGCAGCUCAUUGCUGGGCAUCGGCUUCAUGGUGUGCAUCAUGUUGCUAUCGCAGAUCGUUUUCAGUGGCUCCGAUUACUUUUCCAACUUCUGGACGCAGCAGGAGCAUCUACGCUCUCAAAGCGAGCCCACCAGUCUGAGCACCUAUGAGUGCAUGUACAUCUAUGGAGGUCUCAUUCUGGGUGUGGUCUUCAUGACUACGUUUCGCGGUUACCUAUUUCUCAAGGCAUGCAUGCAUGCAUCGAAAGUCUUACAUGAUCGAAUGUUUCGUUGCAUUUUGCAUGCGAGCAUGCGAUUCUUCCACAAUAACACCUCCGGCCGAAUACUCAAUCGCUUCUCCAAGGACAUUGGCACCAUGGACGAAUGGCUGCCUCGACAUAUGCUCGAGUUCAUACAACAUGGUUUGGUUAUAUUUGGCAUAUUGGCCUUGAUUGUCGUUGUCAAUCCGAUGCUGUUUCCCGCUGUGAUGGUUGUAACUCUCCUAGAUAUGCUCAUACUAAAGGUGUAUCUGCGACCCUCGCAGGACCUGAAGCGCAUGGAGGGGAUUUGUCGGAGUCCCGUGAUUUCACAUUUAACAUCAACUUUGUCCGGCAUUUCGAUCAUACGCUCUCGCCAGAUGCAGAGCACAGCUAUCAGGGAAUUCGAUCUGCUGCAGGAUGUGCACAGCGGCGUUUGGCACUUGGCAGAGGCCACAAACACGGCGCUUGGACUUUGGGUGGAUACAAUCAACUCGGUAUUUCUCGGAGCUGUUACAUUCAGCUUUAUUGGGCUCAGCGGAGCUACUUUCAGCGGAAAUGUUGGCCUGGCCAUCUCUCAAGCCAUUCUUCUUUCUGGCAUGGUUCAGUACUGCGUCCGCGAGUUCGCCGAGUCACUCCAGCAAAUGACAAGUGUUGAACGCGUACUGGAGUACACGGAAUUGGAGCAGGAGCAGUCGCCUAACAGUGAUAGCAAUGAACUUUCCCCACUUUGGCCGCAGCAUGGAAAGAUUGAAUUUCGGGACAUGAGCUUGCGCUAUGAUCCAAAUGGAUUAGCUGUUCUCAAUCAUCUCAAUUUAGUUAUCGAGCCCGGCUGGAAGGUGGGGAUCGUGGGGCGCACGGGAGCAGGAAAGUCUUCGCUUAUUGGGGCACUCUUCCGUCUGGCAUACAUUGAGGGUGGCAUUUACAUAGAUGACAUCGAAACGGGCAGCAUCUCGCUGGAGACACUACGUGCCCGCAUUUCCAUUAUACCACAAGACCCUGUGCUCUUCUCGGCCACCAUCCGCUACAACUUGGAUCCCUUUGAGCGGUACAGCGAUGCAGAGCUGUGGCGCGCUCUCGAAGAUGUCGAGCUGCGAGCUGCGAUUCCCGGUCUCGACUUCAUGGUUACCGAACGUGGCAGCAAUUUCAGUGUGGGUCAACGACAGCUCCUUUGCUUAGCUCGCGCGAUUCUGCGCAACAAUAAGGUCUUGGUGCUGGACGAAGCCACUGCUAAUGUGGAUCUACGCAACGAUUCUCUGAUCCAGACUACGAUUCGUGACAAGUUUCAGAGCUGUACAGUGCUGACUGUCGCACACAGAUUGCGCACUGUCAUGGAUUCGGAUCGCAUUGUAAUAAUGGACGCCGGCAAUGCAGUGGAGUUUGAUGUGCCACAUGUGCUGCUACAGAAACCAGACGGAGUACUUACACAGAUGGUGGAGGCAACUGGCGGCGAGGCCGAUGCAUUGCGGCAGCUGGCCAGCAAAUCAUUCCAGGAAAUGCUGCAGCCAGGGGGCAAGAAAAGAACUGACGAGAGCCAGUUGCUCAUGCUGCUAGAGCGAACUGCAGGAAUUCUCGUUGACAACCAAGUGCCAUCGUAGAGACCUCGAGUCUGCAUAUGAAACUUUACUUUACUACUAACCAAAGAUAAAUUAGACAUAAGAUUACAAUGAUGUGUGCUAACUACA